AAACAAAUAAAAGCUCCAUCGAAACAAGCAAUCAAAAAUCACAAAUAGUUUGACACACCAAACCCAACGAAAAAUCCGGCAAAAAUGACCUAUAAUAACUACUCCGGUAACCGAUUAACCGGCCAUUCUAAGUUUUCGCACCUUAACCUCAACAAACUUUAUCUCUCCUGCCACAUGUCUUUCCUCCGUUACCUUUACCGUCACGGACGCGGACUUUCACCGUCAAUAAAUCCCCUUUAACGGCAAUCCAACAACUCCUUUUUCCUUUCCCUUUCUCUUUCCUCUCAAAUCUCUCCUCCUCAAAAAACCCUAAUUUUCUCUCUCUUCUUCCUCUCACCUGUGAUCCAUCCUCCAUGGAUGAAGACGAAGAAAUCAAGUCACAAUCAGAUUCCCCAGAUAGCAUAUCUCAUUCUCAAGAUUUCCCACAACCUAUGCCUUUAAAUCAAAUCGCUGCUGUAACCGUCGCUGCCGCGGCUCCAACAGCGUCGGCGGCGGAUUCCUUCGCGCAGAAAUCGUUGACCUUGGCGCUUCCGAUCCAGUCAUCAUCUCGCCUUGGUGGUGGUGGUGGUGGUGGUGGAGGGAGAGAAGAUUGUUGGAGCGAAGGAGCUACAUCGGUGUUAAUCGAUGCGUGGGGAGAAAGGUACGUACAAUUAAGUAGAGGAAAUUUGAAGCAAAAACGUUGGAUGGAAGUUGCUGAUAUUGUUAAUAAGGAGGAUCCUUCAAAAGUUCCGAAAACUGAUAUUCAGUGCAAGAAUCGGAUUGAUACUGUUAAAAAGAAGUAUAAAACUGAAAAAUUAAAGAUUGCAAAUGGUUAUGGUCCCAGUCGGUGGACGUUUUUUGAACGGUUGGAUAGGUUGAUAGGUUCCACUGCCGGAACACCGAACCCGAGUUUGGUUUCGGGUUUGGGGACACCAUCAGCAGCCGGAGUCACUGUAUCUCCACCUCCUGUUACUGUUUCAACCGCUGAUCCGAAGUCGAUUCCCGUUGGAAUUCCGGUAAGGGCUCGACAACCCGUACAGCUUCCUUUCUCCCCUAGUAGUUAUCUUCAAACACCACGACCACCACACCAACCACACCAAGAACUAAUGAGACAAAUAAUGCAACAACAACAACAACAACCACAAUUGAGUGGAUUUCGGUAUAAUAAUAACAGUAAUGUUCAUAAUAUUAAUGUUGGUGAUAGCAAUAAUUUGAAUAAUAGUAGAAGUCGUGGAAUGUGGAUGCAGCAGAGACAGGAGCAGAGGAAACAGGUGCCACAACAAGAGUUUAGGAAGGUUCAACCAGCAAUGGAGUCGGAUUCUGAUAAAGAAGAUUGGUCUAAUAAUUCAGGGGAUAGUUUACCACCAGAUAGGACCAGGUUUCAUAGCCGAAAGCGGAAGAGUAUGGAGUUGAACAGGGGUGAUGAUCCUGGUGGUAAAGAAACUGGGAAAGGGAAGAAAAGAAUGGAAAGUUCAAAAGUGUGGGGGGACUCUGUAAGGGAGUUAACGAAGGCAAUUCUGAAGUUUGGAGAAGCCUAUGAGGGGGCCGAAAGCAUGAAAUUACAGCACACUAUGGAGAUGGAAAUGCAGAGGAUGAAAUUUGCUAAGGAAUUGGAAUUGCAAAGGAUGAAGUAUAUGAUGAAAAUACAGCUUGAACUUUCCCAAUUGAAUUGGAAUGGGAAUGUAAAUUGUGAUAGUCGUGGUGGUGGAAGUGGUGGCGGAGAAAGUAAUCAUCAUCAUUAUCAUAAACAUGAUAAUCAUGUUAAUAAUCAUACCAAUAGUGAUACUAGUAAUUAGUAAUCAGAAAUUAGGACUUGAAAGGGAAGAUGAUUGGAAAAAUCCAAUGGGAUAAAAAUCUGAUCAAAGGCAAAAAGAGUACAGUGAGCAUAUUUCUCCCCCUGAAGUUAACAUAUGUCUCGAAAUCGGCACAUUCCAAUCUUGCGUACCAAAUACUCGAAUUGCCUUGAUGGAAGUGACUUUGUGAAUAAAUCAGCGGGGUUUUCAUAGGAUUGAAUUUCUUGGACUUUUAUCUUUUUUACUUUUUGCAGAUCAUGUGUGAAGAAUAAUUUUGGUGACAAGUGUUUUGUUCUGUCUCCCCUGAUGUAUCUUUCUCUAACUUGGUUGAUACAGACACCAUUAUCUUCAUAGAUUAUAGUUGGUGCCCUAGUUAUAUCGUUCAAACCACAAUCUCCUUGGAGUUGGCCGAUCAUGGAUUUCAACCAUACACAUUUUCCACUGGUUUCGUAUAAAGCAAUAACUUCUGCAUGAUUUGAGGAUGUAGAUGUUAGAGUUUGUUUUGUUAAUUUCCAAGAUAUUACGGUUCCUGCAUAUAUAAAUACAUAUCCAGUUUAUAACUUGGCCAUAUAUGGGUCAGAUAGAUGUCCUGCAUCAGCAUAUCCAGUAAAUAUGGCAUCAUUUUUUGACUGGAAAAAUAAUCUAAGAUCUAUAGUUCCCUUUAGGUAUUGAAAUAGGUGUUUUAUCCUAUCCCAAUGCCUUUUUGUCGAUGCAUUACUAUACCUAGCUAACAAGUUUACAGAAAAUGCUAUAUCAGGUCUUGUAUUAUUUGCUAAUUACAUUAAAGCACUAAUGGCACUCAAGCAUGGCAUUUCAGGGCCUAAAAUUUUUUCAUUUUCUUGUGGACGGAAUAGAUCAUCCUUUAUG